UCCCUAUUUCUUCACAAUCAAAAGCAAAGCAGACAUUGUCUUGCAAAGUCCCUUCUGCCUUUCUGAAGCCCAGCAGAGCAGAGCAAACCCCAACGCCAUGAACCUCCAGACGUCCCUCUUCCUUAUUUCUGCAGCAAUCUUUGUCCUGGCUGGGACAAAUCCAGUCACCACAGACAACAAUAUUCAAGUCCAGGAGAACUUUGAAGUGGAGAAGCUCUAUGGGAAAUGGUACGAUGUUGUUGUCGGGACAACCUGCAGCUGGAUGCAGCGACAUAAGGACCGGAUGAGCAUGGGGACCCUUGUGAUGGGCCCAGGAAAAACCAGCGAGGAGCUCAGCAUCACAUCUACCAGGCUCAGGCAAGGUGCAUGUAACCAGUUCACUGGAGAUUACCAGAAGACCAGUGUUCCAGGGAAACUCACAUUCUACACUCCUAAAUGGAAAGUAAACAUUGAGACCUUCGUGGUUCGCACUAACUAUGAUGAGUUUGCCAUCUUGGUGAUGAAGAAAAAUGGCACUCAGGGCCUCAGCACCACAGUCAAACUGUACGGAAGGCAUCCAGAGCUGCGUGACGAUCUUGUGGCCGAAUUCAGGCAGUUCGCUCUGGACAUGGGCAUUGCACAGGACUCCAUUUUCCAUCUGAUUAAUAAAGGGGAGUGUGUUCCCUCCAGGGCUGAAAGUACACUGCAGCAGAGGGUCCGAAGAAGCACCUUGUUUGAUGAAGGAGGAUCAGGCGACGGCUCCCUGCCAUCUUUGGCUGGCAACAGGGAAGAUGAUUGCCAGCUGCCAAAGAAUUCUGGUCCAUGCCUGGGCAUGGAGGUUUUGUACUUCUACAACUCCACCUCCAAGAACUGUGAGACCUUUUUCUACGGAGGCUGUCUGGGGAACCAAAACAGAUUUCUUUCCGAGAAGGCUUGUCUCCAGACUUGUAGGACUGAGGCGGCUUGCCGGCUUCCCAUCAUCCCUGGAGGUUCCUGCAAUGCCAAAUUUUGGGCCUUUGAUGCAAACCAGGGCAAAUGUGUCACUUUCAACGGCUGCGGAGGCAACGCAAACAAGUUUUAUCUCGAGAAGGAGUGCAAGGAAUACUGUGGCGUCCUCCCUGAUGGGGACGAGGACUUCCUCCGCCUGUCACCACAAUGAGGUGACCAAAGGAAGGCUCCGACAGGCCACAACAGAGGACCAGCAUCGCUUCCAAAUCAGCCUCCCUGGUGUGCGCCAGCAGGACACAAAUAAAUGUAGUCUUUUAAACUGAA